AUGACGCGCAUGCGGGCCGGAGCCCAGGAACACAAGAAGCCUGCCGCGAAGUGGAGGCAGAAAGUGAAGGUCCCAGAGGAGGAGCCCAACGAAGCCGACACUACCGUCGCCAGCGAGGCGUCCGGCGUGGGGAGCGCUGAGGUUGAAGCCGAGGUCGAGGUGGAGACCACCGCCGAAGUCGAGGCUUCCACCGAGGCAGAGGCGGCCGAGGGCGACCUCGAGGCUUCCGUACCCGACUUGCCCACCUCGCAGGAGGCCACCGAUGGCGACGUGGAUGCCUCCACGGCUGAGAUGACAGCAUCGCAGGGGCCCCAUAUGGACUUCUCCAAUGCCGCACAUCUGGCCUUCUGGCUGCCCCUGCUGUCGGAUCACUUGGUCAGGAGUGGCUACCUCACGCAGUGCGCCGUCCCUCCAUGGAGUACGCAGAGCCAGGCCUCGGGAAGGCGCGGCUGGAAGGCACGCAAAGCCCCUGCUGCGGAAGGGAGCCAGCCUGUGGGACCGGAUCUGCUCCUGCAGGCCUGCUGGGAUCAUCACUCCCCCGGAGGCUGCACCAGAGAUACCUGCAGGUGGCAGCAUUUUGCCCUUGAUAAAUGGCAGUCCAGCUGGCUGCGGUUGCAGCGAUUUUGCUUCGGCGCACAGUUGGCCACCUUUAGCAGCCUCGGGGAGUUGAAACAAGCCGUGGAGGAUGCAUUCAGCAACGAGGAGCGUCUUGCUGCGAAUGCGCCUGGCAAUCUGUUUGGCGCCCUACGGUCGUCCUUGCUUGGGCUCAAGCACUUAGGAUACCCGUUCAAGGCACCUGUGACGUCAGAUGGCACAGAUGGCACUGAUGACGAAGAAGGUGACGACUGCGUAGCUGUCGGCAAAGGCCGUGCUGGAUUGCUCAAGUCGGUGAAGGCGCUUGCCGGCUUUACGCGGCCAGGUUGCCAGGUCUUACCAGUCGGAAGCUUCGCCUGGGGAAUUGACAUCGAGGGCUCGGACUUAGAUGUCGUGGUGGCCACAGGCAAGUCCGAAAGCGACUCUGAUGUCUUGACUGCGAUCUGCCACAAGCUGCAGAUGCUACAGGCCAAGGGCAAAGCGCCGCGUGGCCUUGAGGCCGCACAUUGCGUGGUUUACGGUGUCGGCACCAGUAUGCCAGUGCUGGCAAUACGGACCUUUCAGGACGGAGAGCCUCUCGACGUCGAUAUGUGUACGGUUGGCAAUCUCAGCAGCGUCCGAGAUGCCAUCUUGUUUCGCCAUUACUUCGAGCUGCUCCCCAGGCUUCCUGAGGUGCUUCAGCUGCUGAAACGUUGGCUGCGGCUGCGGGCCCUGCCAACCAGCAGCGAAGGCGGCUAUCCUCAGAUAUUUUGGAUGCGGCUGGCUGCCCGAACCUUUCAAACCGUUGGUGGCCCCGGGGAGGCAAGCGCAGAGCAAGCAAGAGAUGACGUCGAUCCGGAGGUUCGCCAGCUGCUACGCGGAUUUUGCGCCCAAUGGUCUCAAUCUUUGCCUAGCUGGGGCUCCCUGAUGAAUCUCGUCGGCCGGGUGGAAGGCUUCAAGCUUUACUUUGGUGGAGAAACAUGUGCCUCUCCGUUCCACGAGGGAAGACGGGAAUCGAUGUUCGGGGGUUGCGCCGUGUGGGUCGGCCUCUCCCUCCGCUGCACCGACACCGGCUCCGCGAUCGCAUUCGUUGCUGGGGCCCAGGACACGUUGGCAACAGGCGCUUGGGUUGGCGCCAGCACCUCCGUGUCCUUCUUCGAGGGUGCCUCGCUUUUGCAGCGAGACGCGCAGGACAUCGACGCGUCAAGUGGCCAAGGAGACGACGUCGUCUCCUUCUUCCUCGUGGACGUGAGCUUGGUUGGCUGCUGGGGCAAUCGGUAUGCCCUGGGGUUUCUACCGGCUCUUCUGAGCCUAGUGCCCGUAGGCAUGCUCCUUUGCGCCCUCGCCGCAGCCAUGGCCCUGGUUGCACCUGGGGAGCGCAGAAGCUGGGAUUUCUUUCUCUACCACCUGGGUGCCUUUGCCUAUGUGGAGCUUUUGGAUGGCUGGCUUUGCUGCUCGCUUCUGGUGGGCGGAUGGUCGGCAGGAGUUCUGUGCUGGAAGCUGCUUUGA